AUGUCACUUCGGCUCUCGGCUCUGCAGACAGUUGCCCGUCGUGGGACACCUGCUACGAUUCUUUGUUCAAGGCCUGGUGUCAGCUUGUCGCCUUCCUUCUUCUCCACCUCGACCACCUCCAAGAGUCGCAUCCGGUCCACGCUUACAGCUGCUCGCCCGAAAAGAAGCCAGCAACAGAACCAACAGCACAAACAAGAGGUUUUCCCACCUAACAAGAGCGAGAACGUCUCUGCCCAGCCGUCUUCAUCAUCAUCAAACUCAGCAUCUACCUCACCGAAUGUCAGUCGAGUCAUUCCUCUGAUCAAGAACCAGCAGCAGCAAGGAACUCAGAAACACGGUUAUUACGAGCGACUUCAACACAAGGGCGGCCACAGUCAGCACCACCAGUCCCAUCAACAGUUCCCUGGUUCCAAUCCCUGGUUCCACCAUAUACUUGACUCCAAACGAGCCGCCUUCCGAGCCUUCGCUGCCGGAGCCGUUCUUACAGUCGUAGGAGUCAGCACCUACAACGUCGCAACCUCGCCAUCGGGUUGGAGCGCAAAGCUAGUUCAACUCCAAGAGGAUAUUUCAUUCGCCAGGGCUUCGUUCACCAAUUCACCUGGACCUUCACCCACUGCUGAUCCAUCCUCGCCCACCUCUUCUUUCCGCUCUUUCUCGCCAUUCUCGGGUGAACCAAGAUUCGAAAAGCAAUUGAAGAUGCUUACACCUGAGCAGGUUGAGCAGCGUCUGUCUCAGAACCAGAGAUCGCACAGGGUCAUCACUAAGGAAGAAGACCGCAAAAACAAAUCUAAGCAGGACCUGAUCCUCGGCUAUUGCAUCAACCAGGUCGCUUCCAACAACCCAAUUGAGGAUGAUCUGUCGCGCCAUGUGAUCAGAGGCAAGGAUGGAGAGAUUGAAAAGGUCUUCUUUGGUAUCUUUGAUGGCCAUGGAGGCUGGUGCUGCAGUCAGAAAGUUGCACAGGAGCUGGCGCCCUCGGUUGCAUCAGAGUUGGAAAACAUCAAGGAUCCGCACGAUGUGAUGGCAGUCAUGGAGGCGAUCGAAAACGGGUUCCUGAAGCUGGAUGACAAGAUUGUGAACGAGACUGUGAAGCGAGUCCUUGAGUAUCCCUCGAGGCCCCUGGCUUGCUCUAGUCUGUUGCCUGCGAUUUCGGGGUCUUGCGCACUGAUGGCCUACGUGGACGCAAAGGAGAAAGACCUGUAUGUAGCCUGCACAGGCGACUCUCGAGCUGUCCUGGGCGUUUGCGAACCGUCAGCGACAAGCAAAGAUGGGCAUUCGUGGAAGGCUGUACCGCUCUCCUUUGAUCAGACCGGUAGGAAUCGUUGGGAGGUCAGGAGACUGCAGGAGGAACAUCCUGGCGAAGAGACCACCGUCGUGAUGCGCGGACGUGUCCUUGGUGGUCUCGAGCCAACAAGGGCCUUUGGAGAUGCACGGUAUAAGUGGUCGCUUGAUAUCCAGGAGCGUGUCUUCCAAUUAUUCCCCUCUUAUCGCCAACCGCAUCGCAACUACCAUACCCCGCCAUAUGUUACCGCUAAACCAGUGGUCAAGCACCACAAAAUUGGACCUAAUGAUCGAUUCUUGGUCAUGGCGACCGAUGGACUCUGGGACAAGCUGACUUCUGAUGAGGUGAUCCAACUCGUUGGUGAACUUCUCGACGGCAAGAUAGGUCAAGAGAAAACGGUCCUUGACCGGGGAGAGAUGAAGAAACUCACGGACAAGAUAAAGGCGAUCAAGGGAGUUGUUAUAGGAAAGAAGGGUGACCAGAGCGAGGAGGAAGAGGAAUUGACACCGGCCAACUUGCCACCAAAGGGCCCCACAAGUCAAGUCCGACAGUUCACAUUCAAGGAUCAGUCCAAUGCGUCGACCCACUUGGUUAGGAAUGCCUUGGGAGGUGGGGAUGAAGAGAAGCUUGCUGCCACACUGUCGAUCCCUGCACCCAUGAGUCGCGUCUAUCGCGAUGACAUUACAGUUACGGUGAUCUUUUUCGGACACCAAGAGACCAAAGUCCCGCUCUCGGAUGAGCCGAAUACCGAUGGUUUUGUAGAGAUCGUUUGA